AUGGCUUCACAAGGCACAACCUACGAGCGCUACAAAGCGGACACGAAUCUCUUCACCACCUGGCUUGGGAGGGCAGCAAAAGGCUGUGGUUGGAAACCAUCUUCGAAGCCCAGUGAGUGUAUCUCGCGCCUGCAGCUACUUGGAGAUUCACCUACUACGAGUACCCCGACGCCUACCCCGACGCCUGAAAUUGAUGCGGCAAAAGGGCCACGAAUGAAGGGCAAAGCUCGUAAGCUUGCUAAAGAAGUUGCGAAGGAAAUCCCUCCUGCUACCAGCAAAGCUGCACCAAAUGAGUCUGGGCCAAAUCGAAGAUAUGCCAUCACCACUGAGGAACUUCUCACGCAAGUAGACGUGGUCGCCACAUCUCGUAGCUCGGCGAUGCCCGAUGCGAUACGUAAAGCUCUUUCGGGUGCUAUCGCAGCCCGGCAGAGAUGCGCUGCUUGGUUCGAGAAGACCAACUCAGGGACUCGUGCUAAGCAUAUACCCAAGUCGUUGGACGGCUACCAGUACUUCAUCGGAGUGCUUCAACGAGCUUUGAACAAGCUCGGAGUUACCACUCCCGCAGCUUCUAGCCUUGGCGCUGUGGACAAAGGCGAAAAUGACUUUACCUUCAUGCGUAACGUUUUCGAGGCGCUAGAAGUUGAAGACAUCUCUGAAGAAGAGGCGACUGAAGCCCUUCAGCCUAGUGCUGCCGUCCAAAGCAAUCGAGCUAAGGACUUGUAUGAACUCGCAGUGGAUGCGAACACGGAAAUUGCCUUUACAACCUUUUCGCUAUUCGAAGACAUUUACAGGAUCCGAACGGAGCUUAAACAGGUGUGGACGCAGUUUCGCGAUGGUCAAAUUCAGCUGCUCCAAGCCUCUGUAUUGACGACAGCUGCCCUGGAACUAGUAGACCAGGCCGAGAAAGAAGUCUAUCGGGCAUUACUCGAAUACCAACAAAGUGACACCAAACACAUACAAAGACCUUGCUGGACUUAUCUAUGCCAAUGA